GAAGAAGAUGAAGGAACCUUUUGAUGCGAUUUUGCCAGAGUUGUGGGAAGAAAUUUAUCACUUUCUAGAUGAUGACAAUGGCUUGGAAUGUGAUUGUAGUAAAUUUGAAAGGGUUUGUCUCUCAUUCCGAGAGCUUUGUAUUCGGAUGGAGAAGAGAAAGAUUAGAGAACAAUUAGAGUUGGAAUCUAAAUAUUUGAAACAUCCUUUAUUCUUGUCCUCAUCAUCUUCACAGGGUGUCAGAGAGGAAGAUAUUCAGUUGGUAGAGGAGAGAAUGGGCCAGAAAUUUCCUUUUCAUUUACGAGAAUUUAUCAAGAUUAUUGAUGGAAGACCUGCCCAUUCACAAGAUUUGACAAAUUUACAUUAUACAAAUUCAUUGAGACCAUUCAAAUCGUGGAGUCUUGGUCUUUUUGGAAAAGUAAUUAUUGGUGGAGUCUUCGAUGAUUAUGAGCCAACACAAAUUUACAUAAAUUUGGAACAGGGUUGGAUGGCUAUGGAUAUUUCAACCUAUGGAACUACUGAUACGAUAGAUGGAGGAUGGAAGGGCUAUUUGAAAAUGACUAGCAACAUGUAUGAAUCCUAUAAUCCAUUCGACAUGGAAAAAUUGAGUGAGAAUUUUUCUGACCUAGUGAAAAUCUCCAGAUAUCAUAGCGAUAUUCUUUCGUGCUUACCUGAUAAAUUCAAGAAUGAUUUGGAAUUGAUGAAAAAGCUUGUUGUUGCCAAUCCUGAAGCAUUUGGAUAUAUGCCUGAGAUUAUACGUGAUGAUAUUAAUUUUAUCAGAGAACUAAUCAUGAGGAGACCACGUAUUUACAGAAGUGUGUCUGAUCGUUUGAAAAAAGAUAAGGAAUUAUUUGAUUUGGCAUGUUCGUUGGAUAUUACCAAUUUUUAUCAUGCGCAUCACUCUUUAAAAGAUAAAGAGCUGGCUUUGAAAUAUUGCAAACUCUCACGAUAUCUUAGCGCAAAUGAUUUUCCAGACGAGCUAGUUGAUAGCGAAUUAGUUCAUUAUUUCAAACAUUUUUGGAAUGUGCCAGAAGAAUUGAGAACACCAGAGCUUGCCAUCCAUUUUCUCGAAAAUAAUUAUGAUGUUAAACAAGAAAUUAAGGGAGAUUCCAAUCUACAGACUCCACAAGUUCUCGAAGCCAUCUUUCGGCUAUGUCCAGCAUUUUUAUUUAAUUUGAAAAAGGAACACCUUUUCACAUUUGAUUCGAAGGAGGUAGCUUUGAAGCUAUUCAAUGGACACCAAAUUGACGCUUUAAAGGCCUUUAAUGUGCUUCCAGAACACUUGAAAAAAGAUAUAGAUGUAAUCAAGGCUGCUAUUAAAAAGAGAUUUAACAUUUUCAAGAUUUUGAGUGAGGAAUUGAAACAAGAUAGGGAUUUUAUAUUAUACUGCUGGAAGGAAUCAGAAUCAACAAAUUUCAUCUUGGAUUCAGACUUUUCUCCCUAUAACCAAGAUUUGGAGUUUUUGGAAAUUGCUUGUAAUAACACCCCUGGGUUAGUUUUCUCAUUAGACAGAGAAUUAGUAACUGAGGACUUUUUAAACUCAUUACAACGUUAUUUCUAUAAGGGAUCCCUUGUUGGUGAUUUGCUGAAUAUGACAAGAUUUGAACAUUAUCAAAAUUAUAAAGAGAAGGAACGAGAUGGGUUCAAUGAGAAUAUAUAUUACGGAGAAACCGAUUAA